CAUUGCCACACACGAGCAGCACACACAACAACAACAAACAAAGAAGCAGCACCGCACUCCACACGAAACAGAUGCACCAAACUCACACAAGCUGCACACACAACGCACAACUCACAACUCACGCACUAGAUCUCGCAGCACCACACACGCAGCACCGCACCACCAAAAAACGUAAGAAGCACACACACAUCACCGCUCACUCAACCAGACAACCAAAAUUAGGUAUUGACAAGUCCUAAGGAGGAAAAAAAAUAAUAAAAUAGUUGAAGUCUUAAACUCACAAAUUAUGCGAAAUAAUUGGAGAACAAAACCAGGAUCAAUUAAAAAAUUUCUCUAGAAAUUAGAGAGACUCUGAUACCAUGUUAAAGUCAAGAACAAUUGGAGAAAACGGCUUAGGCCUUACAUUUCAUAUAUCGACAAUAUAUAAACACAAUAUAAAAGAAACCCCUAACUUGCCUAAAACUCCUAACAAGAUAAACCUGACAUAAUUACAAUAUUAAGAUAUAUAACCAACCGAUAAUAAUAUGAGUUUGUUAUUAUAUUUCUUGUUAAAUUUCAAUAUUUCAUUGCAAAAAACAAUUUAAAAAACAAAUUACUCCGUAAUAUCUCGUGCAUUAUCAAAGACACUUUAGAUAUGUCGGUAACCGGGGUGGAAUGGUGGAUAUCACUCUCAUACUCUCAGUCUCUUACACGAAUCCAUCCGCCAAAACGCCCCGUUACGUUGGGGAAUCAAAUAAAAUUAAACGAAGAAUUAACGGUUGAAGAAGAGGCAAGCAAUGCAAAUGCAAAGCCUACGUUUAUACCGCCAAACCACCAACUUCCUUCGUCAUCCCUCUUCUUCCGCCAUGGUUGCACCUUCCUCUUUUUCUCUCUCCUCUCUCUACACCUCUCACUCUCCCCCUUUUCUCUCCUCCCCACAUUCCAAUUUCAACCCUAACCCUAAAUUUCACAAACCCCAAAAUAUCAACAUUUCCAAAUCCCUCAAUCUUCUUCGCACUUUCAAAUCUUCCCCAAUUUACUCCAAUUCCAACCGUUCUCAGAUCGAAACUGACGAAGCCCCACCACCGGAACCACCAUUACAGCAACCAGACGAAGGUGGAGGAGGAGAAAACGAUCUUCUGUCUUACCCAUCGAAACGGUCAUUUGGGGUUGCUACUGGAGAGAUUUUUCUAGGGAUUGCUUCUCGUUUGAUUAAUUUUAGUGGGAAAAUUAAGAAUUUGGGGGAGAAUACGACGGUUUUGAUGGAUGAAGAAUCGAAGAUUUUGAGGGAAGUUUCCGGUGAGAAGUCGGAAAGUGGAGAGAGAAUUGCGAAGGUCAUUGAGGAUUCAUUGGAGCCUGAGGUUGUUUGGGAACAGAGAGAGAAGGAUGUUGAGGAAGAGAAGCGAAGGAAAUUGGUGACUAGUCCUGGGUUUAGCUUCUCUGCUGCUGGGCUUUUGUUUCCCUAUCAUCUUGGAGUUGCUCAAUUUCUUAUUGAAAAGGGUUAUAUCCAGGAAACAACACCUUUAGCUGGUUCCUCAGCUGGUGCGAUUGUUUGUGCAGUGAUUGCCUCUGGAAGCAGCAUGCAGGAUGCUUUACAGGCUACCAAAAUUUUGGCUGAAGAUUGCCGGACAAAUGGAACAGCAUUUCGACUUGGGGCUGUUCUUAGAGAUGUAUUACAAAAGGUUCUUCCAGAAGAUGCUUUUACCAGAUGCAAUGGGCGAGUGCGAGUGGCUAUAACACAAAUUGUAUGGAGACCAAGGGGGCUGCUGAUAGAUCAAUUUGACUCCAAUGAAGAUCUCAUCAAUGCGUUGUUCACCUCUUCUUUUAUUCCUGGACCAGCAACUAUGUUUAGGAACCGGCUUUGCAUAGAUGGAGGUUUGACACUAUUCAUGCUUGGUGUUUUGUGCUCAGACGGUAUGCUUUUAUGUGCUCUUUUUUCUGCUUGGUGUUUUGUUGUCCAUGUGGUGAUACUAUUAUGGCAUGGCUGUUUUUUGUCAUAUUGUUGGGUAAAUUUCCUUGGAAAUGGAGUAGCAGAAUCAUGGAUUAGGGAAUAUUAGAAUCAGUAGGGGCUGCUUUGAAGGAGUAACAAUUAUUAUGUGAUUAUGAAUGGGGGUAUCAAUUAUUAUCUUUGGAAUGCUAAGGAAUAGAAGGAUGGGAUCUAGGAAAGCUGUUAUGUGGGAAUCUGAGGAUGUAGCUGAUGAUAAUAUGAUAUGGGUGACUAGGAAAUAUGCUAAUAUAUUGAUAACAAACUUUUGACCCUUAACUGCAGUCAAGGAUAUUGUUGAUUGGAAUAGGUUCAUUGGAAUUGCACUUUAGCUAAGGAGUAGUGUAGCAACUGUUCUCUUGGCUCUCCAAAUUGAAGGAUCUCUCUGUAAGGUUUCAGAACUGAGAGAACAAAGUUUUAUCCUUAGGGCUUUAGAGUAGAUGCUACGUUGUCACUGAGCCUUGGCUAAUCCACGUAGGCUCCAAUGCUACAUUGUCACUGUGCCCCUAGUUGAACUAGCAUUGUUGGGUCUGUAUUCUGCCCAUCUAGGAAUUGGGCGCGUUGUUCUGAAUCAUACAAGCAUAUCGCUUAGUCUAUAGGAGUUGUAUCUUCUAAUUUUAAGGCUGGGGGGUCAAUCCCCACUAGGGGCACUCUGAGGGUGGGGAUGCCUUACCCGUUUCAAUAGAGCAAUUCUGACCUUUUUAAAAAUAUAUAUAUUGAUUUGCUUAAAUAUAAUUAAUCAGGUUCCCCUUUUUUAUUUAUUGGGUGAC